AUGGCGCUGCCGUUCAUCGUGCAGUGGUUGCAGCUGCAGGCAGAAAGAGAAUUUCGCGAGCACAGCGAUGCUUUCUCGAUGCCCGAGGAAUUAUUUCGCCUACGGUACCGCCUGACGAAGGACAUGGUGCGAUGGCUGUGCGGAGAGCUUCGCCGGGACCUGGAGAGGCGGCGUACGGGCACGGAAACCGCCUUGACCGUUGAGCAGCAAGUGCUUUGCGCCCUUCGCUUCUUCGCCACCGGCAGUUACCAGGGCGCGAUCGCAAGCGACGAGGACGUGGCGACGAGCCAGUCCAGUGUGAGUCGCACGAUUCACGCUGUCGUUGAAGCGAUCGUCGAGCGCCUCGGUGAUGAGUGGAUCGCCUUCCCUGCCAGCACGCAGGAACUGGCCGCGGCGAAAGAAGGCUUCGUCCACAUGGACCCAAGGUUUGAAGGCUCCAUCGGGGCGGUCGACGGCACGUUCGUCUGCAUUCGGGCACCGUACGAAAGGGACGACGGCAACAAGGCUGCUUACUUUUGUCGCAAGGGCUUUUAUGCCCUAAACGUCAUGGUGAAAGGUCGAACGUGA